UAUUUUCGCUGAUUUUAUCCGUGAUUGUUGAUCAAACGCAACGGCAUCUGUUGCGACGACAUGAUUGGAAGUGGUACAAUGGAACGAGAUGAUCCUAACGAUUUGAAUCGCCGUCUAGAACGACAUUUGAACGACAAGUCAUCAGUGACGUCACCCAGAAUGUCGAUAUAUGAAGAUCUUGUAACAGCUUUUCAGCGCGGUAUCCCGGAUGAUGUCGCAGAGGGCGUGGCCUGCAAUCUGAUUGGUUUGAUUGAACAUUUAAGAGUUGAUAUCUCUGCGUCGGAUGUGACUCUGUGCCAGGCUGCUAUUCGGGCGACCGGAGCGUGUCUGCACUUUUGCAAAUUUGCGGAGAGACUCGAGCGGUCAACUGCGAUAGACAUCGUCAAGAUGCUGUGUGAAGUAGUCGUCACCACGAACAAUAAGACUACGUGUACGGAUGCUUUGUGGUGUCUUGCACAACAGAAUCUACCAGCAGAGAUAGUUGAAUCGUCGGUGAAGGGCAUUAUGACUGCUAUUGACCAUGUAUUGACGUGUGGAGAUUUCCGAUCUCAGACUGUUGAAUACGAAGCUAUCAAUGCUGUUCAUCGGUUGUUGGUUCAGGCACCUGUUGUUAUGGGAGGGAUGGCUGUGCAGUGGGGAAAACUUGUUUAUCGUUACGUGCUGUCUUCAGCUCCAAAGGUGUGCGAAAGGGCACUGGCAGUUUUCGAGCUUGGUUUGUCUCAUCUCAUGAUUGUCAGAGACGAAACCUUGAAAUCAUUUGUACCGGAUCUAAGGAAGAUUUUAUUGCGAGAAAUGCUGAACGAAUUGUCAAGGAGGCCUCACUUUGUUCUGAGAGUGUGGAGUUGCUUUAUCGAUCUCUUGGGACCCGCCUUGCACAAAGGCUCAAUCAUCAAUAACAUGUUGAAAGUAGUAGAACAAUGUUUCAAAAGUUCGUCUGUGGACAUUUGCGUGUCAGCGUUUCAUUCCUGGAAGCAUCUCAUAUCAGCAUUUACCUUGUCGGAAGAGAUCUUAGUGAGUCCGAAGAGAAUGAAACUGUGUCUCACUCCUCUUGUGGGAAAUCUGAGUCGUUGUCGUUGUGAUGAGACGGACGAGGCUCGUGUUGAGACGUGGUGGCAUCUUAUUGAGUGUCUGGGAGGGAGACUACACGAGUUCUUUACACAGGUGUGUUGCCCUCUGCUGUCUUUCUGUUUCUCUACUUCAUCUUCUGUUGCCGAUCAUCCUCACUCAGAUACGACUACUCCUCACUCCCAAAGCAUUCUCACCACGCCCACCAGUCAUCAACGACCCCCCAAGUCCCACAAUGACAGUCCCUCUUUGCUACAACUGAACGUCUCCUCGGUAUCGACUCCAAAACAAGACACUCCACCAUCGCGUCUCCUCAUCUCUCUCGGCGUCAAAGUCUUUGAGCUGCUGUUAACAAGGGAGACUAAAUACGAAGUACACAACACCAAACUUCGUGCUCUCGCUCAUGCAGCCAUUACAAGCGCGGAAGAAUUUAUACCUCACAGUCGGUUGUUCUUCUUCGUCGUCACAAACCUUCUACAGUAUGACAGAUCCUUGGAGGUUCGUCUGCUGUGGACACAUUUGGUUGCCAUGGUAACAUUAGUAUUGAAGAACGAGAGCGUUCAACGGAAAGACACUCGCGACAUUCUGUGUGUGUGUUUGGAUGCGUGUUGUUCAGUCGUGUCGUCGAGACUGGAGACGUGUGAUAAGCUUGAGAUGAUGUUUUUGUUGACGGAUCUUCCCGCUCAGAUAUUAAUAUCAACAAUUGUUGGUAUCAAUGAUAAUUUUGGACAGUCGUUGUCGGCCGCUGAUUUAUUGUACAAGUUGAUAUUAAGUGAAGAAAUGGUCAAGAAUGCUGGAAAGAAGGAAAUCGAACGGAUCGUUGAGUUUGCGUCGAAGAUGACCGAAUGUUGCUUCGAGGGCGUGUCACCUCUUGUACAUAUCAGGUUCAUGUGUGAUGUCCUCUCUCGGUCGGCAGGAUGUCUCGAUUCCGAGCAGUUAUUUCAGUUGUGGCUAUUCAUGGCCACGCCCUUUACCGCCUACAUCAUCCGUACAAACGAUAUCAACGACGGGACGUCCCUACAACCAGACUUCACAACGUGCUACAACGUUCUCCUCUUCGCAUUUCAAUAUUUCAUUGAUAUCAACCAACAGAAGAAGCGUCUGUUAGUAAAAGUGUGGACGCGGCUGUACACGGCGCUUACAAACGCCGCCGCGUUUCAAACCAAUUUCUCUGCCAAUCAAUGCGUCGAAGACGUCUCAGUUUGUCUUUUGAAGAUCUUUCGUGAAAACGACAGAUUCGGUAACUCGUGGCUCGUCUGUGUCCUCGCAGAGUGUUUGAAGGUCGUAGUCGGUUGUGUGGACUACGUGAUGUUGGCGAAGAAUCCGACGAAGAGCCUGGGAGAGAAGCUGUUGGUAUCGCCCUCAAAAUGGACUCUAGAGGAUGAAACACGGAAGUCAAAGUCGUCCAAGAGUGACGACACUGGGGGCGUGAUGUCAUUCGUGAGGUUGCUGACGGUAAUCAUGAAUGAAUUAGAAACGAGCGAGAGAAAGAGUUUGUGCUUGCCGCGUUCGAAACGCGUCAACUUGAACGACGUCAUUCUCUCCGUUCUUGUCGACACGAUUUCUCAUCUUUUUACUCACCUCACCGGGUCGUCGAUCGUGUGCGAAGUUUUGAGUGAAUUGGUGCGGCCGGUCGCUCAAUUAGUGAAGAAAUCGUUUGCUGACAAGCAGAUGGUAUUGAAGGUGUCGACUCUGUGUGCACACGUGAUGACGUGCGUCCAACGCGGACACGGGACGCCGUACGACGUCGCUCUACUAAACGUGUUGUCGCCGUACCUCGAGGUGACGCUGUGUCACACCAGGAAGCAGAUUCGGAAUCAGACGGUGAUCUUUUGGAAUGCGACGUUCGGCAAGGCAGAUCACCUUGAGUAUCCGGAUCGAUUGAGAUCGACGUUGGCCAGUCUGAAACAAAAGAUGCCCAUUGUCUUACCUGGAUGGACAGACGACAUACAGACAAAUGAGUUGCAAAGCCAGACGGUAACACCAGAUGAUUUGUCACAAGUUGUCGUUAGUAACGACAUCAUGUCUAUUGCGUCUCCAGCGAAACUGAGAGGGAGUUUUCUUCACAAGGCGUGUAAUACAGAGAGGAUCCUCACGCUGAUGUCUCCGUUGAAAGACGCCGUGCGAAGGUCGGCGAGAAGAAAGGAGACUGCAAGGAGAAAGUUGGAGCUGUUUGAUGAGGAGGAGAGCAAGAGAGAGGAGUUUGUUGUUGUGGCUCCGCCGCCCAAGAAGCAACGAUUACUCACUGAACAUCAGAAGGAUGUUUUGAGGGAACAGAGAGCAAGUUCUCUGCCUGCCAUGUACAGCCUGGCAGAACAUUCACAAGACGCAGACGCCACUCAGUUAUCAGAUGGCACACAAUCAGAUCAACCAACCCUUGCAUAUUCUGUCUCAGAAAGGCAACCAAGGUGUACAAACUGCAUCUCACAACACGAUGAUGACGAGCUACAGACAGAUGUAGUUGAUGACAUGAUUAGUUGUGAGAAUGUGGGCGUGGUUAAUGGCAAUGAUCACGUGAUUAUAAUUCCUGACAGCCAAGCAGAAACGACAACAAAUGACGACAUGGAAAGAGAUGUAAUUGAAACACUUGAUGAUAACAUUGAUAAACAAGAGGCACAUGAGUUGAAUGCCUGUGUGGACAGUCAUCGAUGUCUUCCAGUUGACAAUCCUUCAGAACAGAAAAUGGAUGCAGAAAGUGCGUUAAUGAUAAGUGUGGCAACGGAACCGGAAGCUGAGAAUACAAUGAAUAAUGGAGAGGAUAGACUCUUGUCAAGUGUCAAGACAGCCGAAUCUCAUUGCAGCUCGACGUCUAAAUGUCGCAGUCCUGGUUUGUCUCGUUCUCGAGUCUCGCGUUCUAGACAAACAGUACGAUAUUCAUCGCCAAGUCGAGCUCUACGAUUUAAGUCAUUAAAGUGGAUCAGCAGCUCUAAUACCAGCCCUUCAGUACGUGUCAUUUCAUGCACGUCUAACAGUAAGAGUCCAUCGCCUGUUAGUCCUAUCAAUGGCUCACCGACGGGAAUUUUGAAGAAACAGACGAAUGCGGAUGCUUGUGAUUCACCGUCACCAUCAAAGGUGAGACAUGUUUCAUUUGCAUUUCCAUUGGAGGAACAGAGAGAAAUGCCUUUGUCUUCAAAAGUAGCAGCUUUGAAACAAGCAAGAAAGCCAAUCAAUCGAUCACUUGAUCCUUCUCUUCAGCAAGCUGUUGACACAACAAAUGGGCCUAACGAGUUUCCAUUAGAGUCGAUCAAUCAAUCUCCAUUAGUAGAAAAACCUGAAAAAGUAUUGUGUCUUGAUGCAUCAACUGCUAGUGUGUUCCCUUCACUCAUUGAUAACCAAGUGGAUAUCAGUCUUGUCUUGCCGUCUCUAGUGUCAUCUGCAAAUUCUCAUGGUUUGUCCCAAUUGUUUCGUGCUCGAGGCAUUCGAACUAUUGGGGAUCUGAGUGGUCUGACUGAGUGUCAACUUCAAACGUUGCCCAUUAGACCACCAAAGGUCAUCACAGUAAGGAGAGCUUUGGAGACGUUUGAGAAACGACAGCUGGCUUCUCGUUUUCUACAGACAAAACUGUCAACUCUGAAUUCAAGUUUAGACACGUCCGACAUCGCUGACACUUCGUGCAACGAAGACGGCUUUCUAGCUGCAGAUCUA